AGAAAGUCAUGGCUUUAGAGCAACAGGAUGAGUAAAUUAUACAUUUUUAUCAGGAUCAUGGUCACCAUGCUCACUGAUGCAUCUCUUGCAACUUGUGAAUUGGAGUGACAAAAACAACAUUCAAAAGGUCAUGCCUUUUAAAAGGUCAAAGCCAUGUCUCGUCUAAAUGUGUUUCUAAUCGUGUUAUGGUAUAAGGUUAAAUCGAUGCUCUGAUGUGUGAUGGGAUGUGUUAUUUCCUUCCUUUUCUUUAUAGGAAAGUGCGAGACGCCACAGUAGUGGAUAUUAACAUGCGAGUGGGUGUUCACUCUGGAAAUGUUCUCUGUGGUGUGAUUGGCCUCCAGAAAUGGCAAUAUGAUGUCUGGUCACAUGAUGUAACUUUAGCCAAUCACAUGGAAGCAGGUGGUGUACCUGGCCGAGUCCACAUCACCUCAGUGACUCUUGAACACUUGAAUGGGGCAUAUAAGGUUGAAGAUGGAGAUGGCCAGGAACGUGAAACUUAUCUAAAAGAGCAUGGAGUUGUAACCUACUUAGUGAUCAACCCAAAGGCAGAGAGAAAAAGUCCUCAGCAUCACUACAGACCUAGACACACCAUGGAUGGGGCUAAAAUGAGAGCUUCAGUGAGGAUGACCAGAUACCUGGAGUCAUGGGGUGCAGCCAAGCCUUUCGCCAACCUUCACCACAGAGACAGCAUGACCAAUGAGAACGGAAAAAUCAACACUGCUGUGAGCUUUCCCAUGAGACACUAUGAACUCUACAAUAGUGGUUCUCAACUGCCCUCUCUUUUUUUUCUCCUUUUUUUUCCAGGGUCUAGAUUUUAG